UGGGUUGUGGAGGCAUCCCCUCUCGUGGCUCUCUAGACAUUCAACGCUAAGCAUAUACGGUCACCAGACUUAGUAUUCAACGUGAUGGUACUAACGAGCAUCAUCAAAGUGUCAAAUGCUAUUUUGAAAAAGAGGGAGGGUCACUCUGAGUUCGACGGUGGAGAUGUCUCUUUCAUUAUUGUGGCAGCUGCCAUGGUAUCUUUCAUGAUGCCUGGUCUCGCUUUCCUGUAUUCUGGUUUGUCCAGAAGAAAGUCCGCAUUGUCGCUCAUCUGGGCAGUUUCUGCCGGCAAUGCAGUCUGUAUCUUUCAGUGGUACUUCUGGGGCUACUCCUUGGCGUUUUCGCCAACUGCAACCAACGGAUUCAUGGGCAACCUUGCGAACUUUGGCUUGAUAAAUGUCCUUGACCAACCUUCCCCGGGCUCCCCUCUUAUUCCUGCGCUAUUGUACUCAUUGUACCAGAUGGAAUUCGCAUGUGUCACAGUAGGAAUACUGGUGGGCGGGAUCUCCGAGCGAGGCCGGAUGCUCCCAGCUAUGGUCAUCACAUUCUUUUGGAUGACAUUAGUAUAUUGUCCCCUUGCUUGCUGGGCGUGGAACAUAAAUGGCUGGGGUUACAAAUUCGGCGUGCUUGAUUUUGCAGGUGGAGGUCCCGUGGAAAUCGGAAGUGGGGUAGGAGGUCUUGCAUAUGCCUGGGUGCUUGGCCGCAGACAGGACAAGGAGCUCCAGAACUUCAGACCACACAAUGUGUCCAUGGUCAACCUGGGCACCUUUAUUCUCUGGUUUGGCUGGCUAGGUUUCAAUGGUGGCAGUGCUUUUGGUGCAAAUUUGCGCGCCGUCAUGGCAAUGUGGAACUCAAUGCUUGCUGCUGCGUUUGGUGGUAUCGUUUGGUGCCUCAUCGACUACCGCCUAGAACGCAAGUACAGUAUGGUCGGAUUUUGCUCUGGGACCAUUGCUGGUCUCGUCGCAGCCACGCCUGCUUCCGGAUACAUCAAGCCUUGGGCGGCAGUCGUUAUGGGAAUUUUCACCGGCGCUGCAUGUAACUACGGAACUAAAGUCAAAUUCCUUCUCGGCAUAGAUGAUUCACUUGAUCUCUUUGCCGAGCACGCUAUCGGCGGGAUCAUAGGUCUCAUGACGAACGCAUUUUUCGCCACCAAUGCCGUCAUCGCCCUAGACGGCGUCAACACGACUGUCCUUGGUGGCUGGGUCGACCAGAAUUGGAAACAAUUGUACAUUCAGUUCGCCUAUGUCCUCGCGACAUGCGCGUAUACGUUCGUUGUUACUGCUCUGAUCGUUCACUAUGUCGACACAAUCCCUGGCCUCCACAUACGCAUAGCGGCUGGGACUGAGACACUCGGUCUUGACGAGCUCGAGAUCGGUGAAUUCGCAAACGACUACAUCGAAGUAUGGCGUGACGUCAUGGAGCCGCCCGUGAUGCAUAUGGCUCGCCCAGAUCCACGUGAAUCAACGCUCGAUACGAUAGCUUGUGCUGUCGGACGCGGCCAAUCAACCAUUUCGGGCGAAUUUCCAUCACGUGAAUCGCACGUCGUUCAUGAUCAUGACAUAAAUCCGGAUGAGAAGGCUGUCGAGUUGGAAGUACUGGGACGAGGUCAGGCCAGAAUCUCUAUAAUUGCAUGAGGGCAUGGGCUUGGUCUUGGGUCAUUCACUGGAUGAAUACGUCCCUGAUCUGCCUUUGCCUAUCACGAAUAUUCUUGCGUGCACUUUAUGUGCACUCGUUUUAUCUUUUUUUGAUGCCGUUCAUUGGGGUCGUUGACCUUAUAUCUAUCAUGACUCACGUUACUUCCACGUCGCCUUACACGUUGUACACAAAUUACUUACCAAUAAUACUGUUUCUAUUAAAC